UCUGUUAAAGUGGAAGUAAGAGGAACUGAGCCACUGAUCUCCAUGGAGGGACACAGAGAAUGGGGGAUCGGCCUGCUGUGUGAAUCUAAAGGCUGGGAUCUUCAGCCUGAACUCAUCUGGCUGGACAGUGAGGGACACAGUCUCCCUGCUGGACCUACAGAGACACACAGAGACAGUAUGGAUCUCCUAAUCGUGAGACGACGCAUCAUCAUACAGGACAGAGACACCAACAGGGUCACCUGUCGAGUUCAACUGCAGCAACGCAGCCUGGAGAAGGAGACAGAGUUUCACAUCACAGCUGAGAUGUUCCCUCUUGCUCCCUGGAAGGUGGCCUUAGCUGUGCUUUUUCCUCUGGCUGCUCUUGCUGUCAUUGGAUCUGUUAUUUAUUACCGCUUCAGAAAACUGCGCAGAGAACAGCGCAGAAAGGAAGCAGACAUCCAGAAGAUGUAG